AUGGAGGACACUACGAGAGCAUCUGAUACUGACCAAGUUGAUGCUCUUACUGCAGCUAUAGACGUCACUACAAGCUCUCAUGACUUGCCUACGGUCAACACCACACAAACUGAAGUAUUUCAUUCUUUAACUAGCGAUGAAACGCUUUCUCUACCUCAACAACAACCGAAUUGCGACGCGUCAGAGACCCCAAGUCUUGCUGCAACGCCAUUCCGUGCCUCCUUAGAACCGUCAAGAUCACCAGAUCUACAGCGUUCUUUAUCUUCCAGUAAUGCGGCGUAUUCACGCAGUGUGAGCUUUGGUGUUUCCCGUCGGAAUCGAAGCCGAAGCGGUGGAGAUGAUGCAUCCUCGGAGCUCGUUCUACAGCUCCAGAGACUCUGUAAACGACAGAGACAACGAUCUGAGGAGCGGUCCUUUGUUAGAGACGUAGAGCGCGUGCUGUCGCUCUUGAGGGUUCAGUCACUGACGUCAGUAGAUUCGGGAGUGACGUCGGCGACGUUUCCAGGUCCCGGAAUGCGGCUAGAGAUGCUGGGAAGUGUACAGGAGGAACAUGUCACGGAUACAGAGAAUCGAUCACGAUCUUCUGCUACUAACAAGUGUGCGUUAAGUGGCAUGAGCUCCAGUGAUGGGCUGCAUGUGUCCCGCGUGACGCUAACGCUCUCAGAAAUUGAUGCUCUCUUGGAUUGUAUUGCGGACUUGUUUGACCAUCGAAACGCUGGUGUGCGUGCGUUGGCUUUUGAAGUCGUGGAGCUGUGUUUACUGCGCUUUGGGGAGAGGUUGACGCCGGACCUGAGAAGAAAGAUCUUUUUACGACUAGAAACACACCCACCUGGAGACUUUUUACUACGGCAGACAGCUCUCCGUGCACUGACACAAGACGGACAGCAUUUGGAACCUUUUCAAGUGGAGCUGGGCUGGUUUCUAUUGCGUUUGCUGGAACAUUCAGAUGCCCAGCGGGAUCUCUUUGGGCUCAUUCAAAGUAUCUUGCAUCGCAGUCCUCGCGCAUUGGAUCGUGACAAAGUGAUUGCGAUUAUAUCGGUCAUUAGCACACGGUGUUGUAUGGCAUGGAGUCGCGGUGAUUUCGAUGCUUGCCACAGUUUUGUUGCUUUUUUUCAUACUUUAGCAAGUCACAACUCAGCGUAUGCAGCGAGCACAACGGCGUGUUUGCGGGCGCUAUGCUGUUUGGUGAAUGCUGAUGGUCAUGAAACGUGGUCGAUAAUGAAGUUAUUGCUCAAUGGAAGCUCAGGCUUCCUUGUACUGCGGGGUCUAGUACAAGUGCUAGAGCACCCGACUGGAGCUGAUUCCCCUUGGCGAGUAGCAAAGUUUGACGAUAUUGCAUGGGCUCCUAUAUUGCUUGCUCUCGAAAGAGCUUUGCAGUGUUGUCGGGGAGUGGUUAUCUUUGAGGUGAUUUUGUCGAUACAGCGUCUUAUCAAGAAGUAUGGUGCAACUCAUCAACCAGCCAGUGAUGGGCAAAGUGCGGCAAGCUCGAGCACUGUGCCCGUGAAGACGGCAUUGCACUCAGGGGACAGCAGUCAUGAUGCAAGUGAGACCAGCUCGUCAAGCAACUCAUGUACAAGCGGUUACAGAGACAAGCGCUGUUUGGUCAUGGAAUGGGACAUUAUAUUGCGUAUGCUGCGAGCGCUAAGGCCUUGGGUGUCUAUGACGGAUGAAAAGGAGAUGGAGAACUUUCCACAGCAAAGUCUGCAUCCUGAUGAUCGAAGACCGGAAGCAGACGUGAAUCGCCAUACAAGUGUUCAUUCGAACAAUGAUCUAUUCGAUCAAUCGGAGCACCAUUUGUCGGUAUCCAUUCAACAGACGCGAAUUCCUCGUGAGCUCCUAGACACCCUGCAAACCGUAGAAGACCUUGUGGAGCAGCACCGGUUUGCUGGCGAUGUAGAAGAGUUCUUGAAUAUUCUCGAAGAUUAUUUACCGCAUCUCAGUGAGAACUCAAUGCUCUUUUUGUUGCGGCAACGUGCUGAGGCAGCUCAUCCAGGAUACCAUAUAAGCUGGUUGGCUACUUUGACAAGCGCGAUGCGUACGUUUUUCUCUGGCGUUGGUUAUGAUGGCGAUUCUUUUCUCGUGCCUAGAACAGUGCGCCUGGAGGCACUUAAGGCAUUGCGAGCCAAUCUGUGGACAAGCCGAAAUGUCUGCGAGGAUCGAGUGAUUGAAGAAGUGGUGAUUCCGACACUUGGUCGAGUAUAUGAAGAUCCCGAUGCGGAUGUACGGUGUCGGGCCCUUGAAUUUAUUAUAGAGGUGAUGCGUCAACUGGAAAGUGUCAAGUUCGACUCUCUCCUAGACAUCCUUGCCAGUGCAAUGACGCUUUCGAUUAACGAAGACGCUCAGCUCGUGGCAGCUUCCGGCAUUGCUUCUCUUUUUUCGUCAGCAUUCGACCAUUUGCCACCAGCUCGCGCCGUUCGUAUGUAUGAUCUUUUCGCCACGACAGUGGAAGCCCACCGAAGCCGUGCUGUUCGGCAUAUCGCGCUAUCGUGUUUGCUCUAUGUAUGUGCAGCCCACGCAAAUGAUGGUCGACUGCAAUGGAAGCAGCAGCAACAAGUUCGAACGUCGCGGUUUCUAUUUGUAUCUCGACGUGCUGCACGUGUUAAUGCGUCUGGUAUCCAACUGACCGCAGCUUGUGUGCCAGUUGCGCGUGCAUUACGUUCUCUACUCACGCUAAUCAGUGCCGAGCCUGAUGCUGAGCUUUUCCGUAUGGCAGUAAAAGGCAUUAAAACUAUGUUAGGAAAUCGUGCAAUUCUGGAAGAUGUAGAUGUAAGCGAAGUGUCAGCGAAGGUCGUGGCAAGCAUUGAUUACCGGGCUUUUGGUCGGGCUGCCGUUGCUGACGAAGUCGACAGACUGCUCAACGAACGAACGAAUGAACGAAAGUCAUCUGUCGAUGAUGAGAUGGAUCGUCGGGAUCAAAAGGCACAUCUGGACUGUAGAGGCACCGUCCAUUUGGUGUCGCAGACCGAUGCAGAACUUGUUCGCUUGAUUCAUGCGUCAACUAGGCCUGAUAGUACUGGAGGAAGUAAGGUAUCGUUAUGCGCGAGUGUGCGAUCAACUACAGUGUUGCUCGCCAGGAGACGGUUUCUUGACAUGGGAAUCGAGUUGUUGCAGCUUCUAGUUAGCUACGAGUCUGAGCUGCACGAUAAUGCGCUGCAAGAGCUCACGCGAUGCCUCGUAGGUGCGAUGAAACUACGUUUGGCUGUGGCUGAGAAAGAUCUUUUUACAGGCGGUUCAGCUGCAGAUGACUCAACCUCGUCAUCGUCAACCCCAAACAUGUUCUACCGUCAGGCUGAAACAGAAUCUCAACUUGAUGUCACUGACCCGUAUGCUUCUGGCGCACCCCUUUGCUUCACCUCCCGUGUGUUAUCGCGCUUUCAUACUUCUACUUCGCAUGGUAAACUCUUUCAUGCGCUAUCAGGGUCCAUGAGCAAAUCGGCGCUAGGGUCGUCGUCGUCUGCAAACAUCCAUAUACCACUCUGUCGCCCAACUCGCGAAGAUCGAGCACGAUUGCAGGGUUUCUUGCGUCAACUCUUCGACUCGGAAUUUAAAUUGUUACACACAACGACAACGGCAUUGAGUCUGCUAGCUUUGCUCGCUCCAGCCUCAGUACUAGGCCAGCUAGAUCAAGUGCUCCAAAAUUUGCGUGGAUGUGUUACUACGAUAGACGGUGACUUUCGAUCUGACGCUUUUGUAGCGAUGCUGGAGUUGUUGGGGACCAUUACGCCUCUGCUAUGCGCAAAAGAAGACAAAGGUCAUUCUGCUCACAAGGCAAUUAUAGAGGCACUACUGCUAGGCUUUGAAUACGCCAAGUCAAAGCAGCUUGCCUACCUUGCUUUUCGGCUUCUGUGUCAAGUGAUUUAUCAAAGCAAUUUGAAGGAGCGUGUUUGCCUCGCAGCCCUCGCGAUGCCAACACUCCAACAGUGUACACAUCGUGCGAACAGCCUUUUGGUCGAAGCGGCUGUCGACUUCUUGAUGUGCUACGCGUACUCUCAGUCGGCGUUGGCUCCAUCAGCUCUCUGUACUCGACAAGAGUCGGAAAGUAAGACCAUAAGUAUGGAUGACGAUUCUCGUCAAACAAGGUCAAGGUCCUGGGUUUACAAAAGGUCUUUGAUGACAAUCACAACGAAUUUGCGUGGGGAUGCAUCGCUAACAAUUCGGAGAGCAAAUUGCACUAGCAAAUGGAAGCUUGUUACAUGCCAUCGUCCGCCACGUUCCUCACACUUUCCGCUCGAUAUGCGUAGAGAGAGCGAUAACAUUCUUACAAAUUCUGAUCGACCAAGAGAGCGACCGAUGGAGAUAAUUGGAGCAAGAAAUGCUGUCGCUCCAAAACGGCCAGCUCUCCCGGCUGAGCUCAGACCAUCCUAUCCAAGUCAAUCACGUACAUGUCAUGGAAACGAUUCUCAAAUGUUAGCUAGCUCCGAAGACAAAGCAGCUUGCAGCUCUCACAAUGAUCGUGCCAUAAACAGUUACACAAAAGCAAUGCAAAAUGAGGAUCGUGGCGUAGUGGAUUCGACUAUGCAAAAUACGUCAUAUCAGCAACCAGCCACAGCCACAGUAUUGGCGCCGCUACCAGCGUAUGAUGGUAUCGGCGGAUCGCCGUCAUACUAUUGUGAAAAUGCACAAGUUUGCCGUAAGACACAGCGAAAUAUGAGACUCCUGACACCGACAAAUAAGCGAGGGCAUUCCAGGCAAGCGGGAGGAGAUGAUGGGCACGAGGUUUUGUCAGGCAAACCCGUUAUUCGUGCUAUUCGGGAAGAUGUUGAAGAAUAUGAUGACACUGAGAAUCAACAAGGAGUUGUGGAGAAUGAACAAUGUGGAAGCGAAAUGGAUGCAUUUUCACUCGAUAAUAGCUUCAGCAAUGCUCCAAGUAUGCCGGCAGAAACACCAAGGAUACUGCAAUUUGCUAAUAGUAGCUUCCCUACGACGCUCGAAGCAGCUGCCGUUGGAAGCAUGCAUGGGCUGUCAACAUGUCUUGAUGACGAUCAGUACGAUCCAAAGUAUCUGAUGACGCAACUGUUUGAUCUCACCGUUGAGAAUCGUCCACAGUUACUGAGUGAAGGGCCAGCACUGAAGCUAGCACUUAGCGUGCUCGAUCGUACUCCAGCAUAUGAGACGCAUAAGAUUGGCUUGUUGUAUGUCAGGGAUGAAAAACAAUCCUCUGAGACAACUAUCCUAGGAAACACUGGUGGAUCGUUGCGUUAUUUGCAAUUCUUACGUCGUCUCGGUACGUUUACUAAAUUGGAAGGGCUUCCUGGAUAUACAGGAGGGCUUGACACUGUGAACAAUAGUGAUGGCAAAUUUGGUCUCAUCUAUAAAGAUUCAUGUGCACAGAUUGUGUUUCAUGUUGCCACGAUGAUGGUGCCUGGAAGUACUCGUUCUGAUAACAAUCUUGCUCCAGACACAUUUGCUUCAAUGAAGAAGAAGCGCCAUAUUGGUAACGAUUUUGUGCACGUGGUAUUCAAGGAAUGUGACGAGGACUACGACAUCCAGACACUAUCGGGGCAAUUUAAUGAUGUGCAUAUAAUCAUUCAACCACUCAAUGAUCACGAAUACCGCACAGAGGUGCAUGUGAAGCAAGGAAUUCCACCGUUUGGACCGCUUUACGGUAAACAAAUUGUCCCGAGCUCGAUUGUCUCGGAAAGCGUCCGAAUUACGUGUUUGAACGCCAAUUUGGCAUGCCAAGUGUUUCAUCAGGACCUUGUGGGGUUUGGCUUGAACUGUGAGGAGCGAUUGAAACAAAUCAAGCAAUUGGGACUUCGACUUGUCAAUUCAGACGAGUGGAAAACUUGA